UCAGUCUUCACAGGUUGGAUAUACACGAUAGCGAUGAUUUUCACUGGGACUUCAGGAAAUCUUAGCACGGCUCUCUACAUCGCUUGCUUAGCGGAGGUUGGUUCUGGGAGGACAUUGACGCGUGUCGAGAUCGCUGUAGUAGCUUGGGGCGUUAACAUUUUCUCCGGUAUUAUCAACACCAUUGGGACGACUGCAAUUGGUCGAAUGAGCGCGUUUAAUGUAUGGUGGACGCUUGUUGGAACCGUCAUCCUUGCUGUGGUAUUGCUAGUCAAAGCGCCGAAA